CCUCCUCCGCCGGAUCCACAACGGCCGCCGCAUGCCCCGCUCACCGGCGCCGAACCCACACGCCACGCGUAGCUCCCCUCCACAGCCCCCGGAAGCACCGUCACCCGGUCUGGGGUUUGCGCCGCUGCCGCCCUCCGCUCACCUGUGCCCAACUCCUCCGUCGGACCCGACGACUUCCAUCCCCUUCAGACCCUUCUCCUUCGCCACCUCGCUCACGACGCUUAGCCCUAGGCCCUCCUCCAAGAUGCCGCCGCCUCGCUGUAGCCCAUGGCCGCGCGAGAACUGCCGCCUGAUCAAGCCACCUCGCUCUUCAUCAAGACCUCGCGGCCCUUCUCUUCCCCCUUACCAGCGCCGUGGCAACGCUCCCCCAUCUAUUUCCUGCGGCAUACGUUCUCUUCCCCGUUCCCAGACCCCGCUCGCCUCUUCCCCCUCUCGUGAAACCCUAGCGGUCGAUGGGAAGAUGAGAAGACGGUGCAUGGUGAGGCGACGAGCUUGGUGCAAUAUGGAGAUUAUUACGGUACUGGUUGCUGUGGUCUUUCCGGAUUCUGAUUGUCCAGGGAAUUUUCAAAACAACAUUUGGUAUAUCGAUCCCAAGAAUCUCAGCAUUUCUAAUGGCUGCUGGUCAGGCAGAGGCGGCAGUAGUAAGGUCGUCUUCGCUGCUCCGCUGCCGCCAACCCCUGCUUCUCGGCUCCACCAGCAGGGCGACCAGGAUGACCCCAACAUCGCCACCCCGUGGCUCAGCUCUGCCUCCACCUGCUGGAGCGGAGCUGGCAACAAUGGUGGCUUUGCAGCGGCGCUCGACGCGGUGUCCGGGAACUCGCCCUCCGCCGCCGCGUCCUCUACCAGAUAACUCCUCGAGCAAAACCAACAGAAAAGCUCUUCAGCAUUCAGAGGAAACCACUGUGACUAGAACCUUUUGUUUCUACGUGAGGGCGUGAGGCUAACAGGCAUAGAGCUUUUGUUUCUAUUGGAAAAAGGUCUGAAUUAUAUGAUUCAGUUGAUGGUUCAGGUUUAGAUGCACAUUCUAAACUUCCUUCCAACAAAUCUUCUUCUAACUUAUGAUAAUUGAUAAUAACUAUGUCCGGACCAGCAACCUCGGAGACUUCUCUUUCAGUCCAUCGGCCCAUGAGAUUGUCAGAAAUAUAUGUUGCAGCUGAGCAUGCAUUAAACAGAUGAUAUCUAAUCCUGAUUUUAUGGCAUCACUUUCAUCACCAGAAGAAUUUGAGAAUAUAUAUAGGAGCUUACUAACGGUGAAGCUGACAAUUAGCACCGCUCUUGGUGGAAAAGGCAUGGAGUUCUUGAUGGAGAGAUUGCAGCUAUAUUUUUAAUCAUGGAAGUUAUGGUUUGGCUGCAAAAUCGUACAAGAAAGUUUGUGCUCUUUUUCCGCAGAAGGCUGGGAAGAGCUGUUGGCAGAUGCUCUUCCUGAUCUUGAGGAAUGCCUGAAGAUUUUAAUGAUUAAGCUGGUUAUCUGGCUUCCUGUGUAAAGUUACUUUCUCUAAAGAGAGUAACUUGUUUUUGUCUAAAGAGUGGCAAGCUUUCCAAUCAGAGGUUGUUCAGCUUGCUCGUAGCGAAAUGAAGCAUCUUGUGCCCCUUGAUGUUUUGUCACUAAUUACUUUUGCUGGAAAUCCUGCUCCACCUCUAGAAUUAUGUGAUGGGGAUCCUGGUACAUUAUCUGUAGAGUUUGGAGUGGCUUCCCAGAUGACAUCACGCUCGAGUCUCUCAGUUUAAGUGUGUCAGCUUCCUAGUGUGGAUGAAGGUCUUAAGGCAAUAAAGAGUUCAGAUGCAUGUGUUCUUGUACCAGGUAGAAAUAUUACCACCUUCGCCAUUUCUCCACAAAAGCCUGGUUCCUACGUGUUGUGUUCUCUCACUGGACAGAUUGGCAAGCUAUCAUUCAGAUCACAUGGAUUUUCUCAAGAUGGUCCGGUGGACCGUGGACACUGAUGAAUUCAUGAGCUUUAAGAAGCCAACAAGACCUGUUUUGAAGGUAAUGUAAGCUGGAUGGUUAUGACAAGUUGGCCGCUGUGAAUCAUGUCAA